CCCAGAACACCUUUUCUUCUUUCUCCUUCUCUCUCUCUGUGUACAUCUAUAUAGAGCCCCACCUUACCCUCUGCACAGGAUCAAGACCUUGGAGAUCAGUGUCCCUGUGAGAGAUGGAGGGGAAGGAGGAGGAUGUGAGACUGGGAGCAAACAGGUUCUCGGAGAGGCAGCCUAUAGGGACAGCUGCACAGAGCCAGGACAAGGACUACAAGGAGCCACCACCAGCUCCGCUGUUCGAGCCAGGGGAGCUCAGCUCAUGGUCCUUCUACAGGGCUGGCAUAGCCGAGUUCGUGGCCACCUUCCUUUUCCUCUACAUCACCAUCCUCACCGUCAUGGGCGUGGUCAAGUCCGACACCAAGUGCUCCACGGUGGGCAUCCAAGGCAUCGCCUGGGCCUUCGGUGGCAUGAUCUUCGCCUUGGUCUACUGUACCGCUGGGAUCUCAGGUGGACAUAUCAACCCGGCGGUGACCUUCGGGCUGUUCCUGGCAAGGAAGCUCUCCCUCACCAGGGCGCUGUUCUACAUGGUGAUGCAGUGCCUGGGUGCCAUCUGCGGUGCUGGUGUGGUGAAGGGGUUUCGGAAGGGGCUCUACGAGAGCAACGGCGGUGGAGCAAACGUGGUGGCCGCUGGCUACACCAAGGGUGAUGGCUUGGGUGCUGAGAUCGUGGGCACCUUCAUUCUUGUCUACACCGUCUUCUCUGCCACCGAUGCCAAGAGGAACGCUAGGGACUCUCAUGUGCCCAUACUCGCUCCCUUGCCCAUUGGUUUUGCAGUUUUCCUGGUUCACUUGGCCACCAUCCCCAUUACCGGCACUGGCAUCAAUCCCGCAAGAAGCCUUGGAGCUGCCGUCAUCUACAAUAAAGACCAUGCUUGGGAUGACCACUGGAUCUUCUGGGUUGGACCAUUCAUCGGAGCUGCUCUUGCUGCCAUGUACCACCAGGUUGUGAUCAGGGCAAUCCCAUUCAAGAGCAGGCCCUGAGGUUCCAGAAAAGAUGUUGCGCCUCCUGCCAUGUCUCUCUUAUCCAUCCAUGGAUUGCAGCUGGAUGUUGUCAUGUUGCUAUUGCUGUCUUUUAACUUGGUUUCUUUUAUCUUCA